UCGUAGUCGACUCGCUAUACUGUCAUUGUCACUGCUGGCUGUCGGCGGAAGCUCGUGACGCCCCUCUGAGCAUAGCGAGUGAUGGCUCGACGGGUGCUUGCCACUUUAUUGUGUCAUCUGCCUGUACAGGCCAUCUUGCUUCCAGACGCUCAACAGCUAUCUCUUCCAGCCUCCGAGAGCUUCGAAGAGCACCGCCCGGGGUCCUUUCAGCUCUCUCGUAGCAGUAGAAGCAGACGCGAGUCAUCAUCAGGUGAAGGAAAUGCUUGUUGGCGCGAGCACAGGCCGGCCGCGAGGUGCGGUCUUGCUCACAGCGCCGGCGUUAUUGCCUUCCAUUCCUCACAGCUCCCUCUGCGCCAACCACAACAUCGACGACAAAAUUAUCAUCAACAACUUCUCCUUCUCUUCAAUCGCACGCGGUCCUCUUGUACACAGAGCUCUAUCACGCUUGUGGCUGUUCAAGGCAGUUUGUGAUGGCCUGACACCUAACGCCUACACUCUUCAGGUAGAUUCGCAUCGCUCAAGCUCAAGAAGGUGCGACCA